UGACUGUUAAGCAAAAUGUUAACAAUUAUACAUUUCUUAGAUGAAGGUAAACCAAUCGACGCAACCCAGGAAAUGCUAGCGUUGGGUGCGUGCAACGUCGUAUCGGCUUUCGUUUCGUCCAUGCCUGUCAGUGGCGGCCUUAGCCGUGGAGCGGUGAACCAUUCGUCCGGAGUGAAGACUACACUCGGCGGGAUCUACACUGGUCUUCUAGUACUCAUUUCACUUCAGUUCCUUACACCGUAUCUGUAUUUUAUUCCUAAUGCCGCUCUCGCAGCGAUCAUCAUCGCUGCAGUCAUCUUCAUGGUGGAGCUACACGUCAUCAAGCCCAUAUGGCGAACUAAAAAAAUUGAUCUCAUACCAGCAGUAGCCACAUUUUUAUGCUGUCUUUUCAUAAGACUCGAACUCGGUAUAGUGAUUGGUAUCGGUAUAAACGUCCUGUUCCUACUUUAUGCUUCGGCAAGGCCGUCGUUACGAGUUCACAAAGAUACGAGUAUAAACGGGUGUGAGUAUCUCGUCAUAACGCCUGACAGAAGUCUUGUUUUUCCGAGUGUUGAGUACGUGCGAGCUGUAAUUAGUAAGCAGGGUACGAGGCAAGGAAUCGCAGUACCUGUCGUCAUAGAUUCUACGCAUAUUCAAGCAGCAGAUUUUACGGCCGCAAAAGGUGUGAAGAAUUUAACGGAGGAUUUCUCUAAACGUGGACAGCCCUUAAUCUUUCAUAAUCUAAAGCCGAGCGUCAUCGAAAUUUUCAAGGGCGUGAAACCUUCCGGUUUAAGGUGUAGUUCGAACGAACUCGAACUUGACGACUGCCUCAAAGAAUUUUCCAACAUUCUAACAACUACUACGAACAGGUAUUGACAUUGCUUAUAUUAGAUAUUCAUGGAAAUUCCGUCCUGCAACUACUCUCUUUUACCUUAUAAGCAUCGGUAUUAUAUCAUGACGAACGAUAAUAUAGACAGUAAUACUAUAAGCAGAGUACCUAACGUCUCUAGUAAUUAUUUAAAAAUAUUAUAUAUAGUACAGUAAAUAUCAAAUACAUACGAAAAAUGUAAUUUGAAGAAAAUUCGUAAUACACCGAUGUUGUAUUGAAGAAAAUUAUUCAAAUAUGAUUAUACUUGAAACAAAAUUAAUUAAACUCAAUCACAGUCCGCACUUCUAGUUUCAUGUCAUACAUAUCUGCAUCUAUAUUUGCGACUUAAAUGAAAAAAGUGUAAAUCAUUUUGUAAAACACCAUUUUAUUUUAACGGCAGAACUUUUGGAUUAAUUUUUAUUGUGUACGUAGCUAGUAAAGUGAAGAUAGGCAUUCAGUGGUUUCAUGCGUUCAGUUGAUUUAGUUUUAGUUACAGUAUAAUAAUUGUACAUAAUAUGCAUAAGUAUUAAUGUAAGUAUACAUAUAGUAUACAGAGUGUUUCUUAAUAUGUGAGCAUUUUUUGGAGGAUUAAGAGCCUGACACCAGUACGAAUCGAAAAGUCUCUUACCAAUUUGCGAAUUGCAGCUUCGUUAUCAAGAUAUAAGUAGUAGAAAUUUGCAGGUGUGACUUCCGGCAAGCGAUGUGAAGCCCGAUCAGCUGUUCGUGCAGCCACGCAUGUAUAUCCAUUGACACAGGAAAAAUAGCAACCUCACUGCUUGAAAAUGACCUGUGAGUCUCUAGACCAGGUAGUACGAGGUCAUUGGCCUGUUUGCGGGCUCUUAGAUCAUUUUCCAACAGUGAAUGUGCAUCAGUGACUGUUUCACCUGUGUAUGUAAAUACAUGUUGCGGACGCGCCGGAAGCAAACUGCUUAUAUCUCGACAACGAAGCCGUAGUUCGCAAAUUGGUAAACGACUUUUCGAUUUGCAUUUAUGUAAAGAUAUGAUUCUCAAAAAGGUCCCAUAUAUAUGGAAACACCCUGUAUAUACAUAUUAUAUAAGUAUGCUAUUGUUAUGUAGGAUAUUACGUUUAUCUUGACCACCUUAAUAUCUACAUUACCAACAAUGGUAUGAAAAACUUUAGCAGAAAGAAAUUCUAUGUUUUGAAGAAAUAUAUAACUAUUUCUUUUCCUGAGAUUAUUUCUAUAUGUGUUUUCAAAAUCAUUAACUAGUAAUAAGAUGUUAUCAUAUUAAUGUUGCAAAUCAAGAAUGAAAUCGACCUUCAAACGACCAAAAGUAAGAAAAUAAACAAAGUUGGAAAUUUUGUAUCUUUUUCAUUAGCUUCGACAAGUUUUCAAAUUCAAUAAACUAAAGAUUUUCUGAUAUUUUUCUAUCACUAUAGAAUGACAGUAAGAAAUCCAUGUAAAAUUCGUAUUUGUAUGUCCUCCGGUCUUGCAAAGGUAAAAUUAAGCGAAAAUCAAAAUUGUACAAGGUUGCUAUUUUCCUCUGUAUAUAAUAAUUUCCUAACCUUCAGGUCAUUUGAAGAUCAACAUAUUUUUUACAAUUUGUCUUUUUAUUACCUAUAUUAAUAAAAGCACAAUGAUAUGAAUAUCAGUACUAUAAAAAAGCGAUAUCAAUAA